AUGCUGUUCGUCGAUGGACGUCCAAAGCUCAUUCCAAGCAGGCCUAGAGAUGGCAAGUCUUCUGCUUUCUACCUCCGACAAAAAAGGUUUGUGAAAGAUAACGCGUGGUUUGCUGACUGUCCUAUUGGUAAACAUCCUUUGAGAGGAACAGUCGGGCGAAUAUGCAAACUUGCUGGGUUUGCAGGAUUCUACUCCAACCACUCUCUGAGAGCAACAACAGCUACACGUCUCUACGACGCCGGUGUAGACGAACAGCUUAUUGCAGAGAGGACGGGGCAUAAAUCUGUAGCCAUUAGGAGUUACAAGAGAACAUCAUCUGAGAUGGAGGCCCGGGUUGAUGACAUAAUACAGAGGAAACGCCCAUGUGUCACAGCUGCAGCUACAGCCACAUCAACGACAUCGUCGCCCACGUUCUCGGUCUCCGCCCCUCCAUCCGCCACUGAACAUGCCACUGAACAUGCCACUGUAGUCCAAGAUGAAACUUCUUCCCCGCGAGAUCUUCAACUAGGUUUGAAAGAUGGUGUGACUCUGUCUCUUCAAUUUUGA